GCAUCGUGUAUACACGUCUAGUAAGCAGUGGGACCAGGACAGCUGAGGGGGGUUUGAAUUUCCAACUGGGACAGCCACCGCUAAUUUACACACACGAUUACCGAGACUGUUGAUCAUUGUGUAGUAGACUGAAGGGUAGAGACUGUUGAUCAUUGUGUAGUAGACUGAAGGGUAGAGACUGUUGAUCAUUGUGUAGUAGACUGAAGGGUAGAGACUGUUGAUCAUUGUGUAGUAGACUGAAGGGUAGAGACUGUUGAUCAUUGUGUAGUAGACUGAAGGGUAGAGACUGUUGAUCAUUGUGUAGUAGACUGAAGGGUAGAGACUGUUGAUCAUUGUGUAGUAGACUGAAGGGUAGAGACUGUUGAUCAUUGUGUAGUAGACUGAAGGGUAGAGACUGUUGAUCAUUGUGUAGUAGACUGAAGGGUAGAGACUGUUGAUCAUUGUGUUGUAGACUGAAGGGUAGAGACUGUUGAUCAUUGUGUAGUAGACUGAAGGGUAGAGACUGUUGAUCAUUGUGUAGUAGACUGAAGGGUAGAGACUGUUGAUCAUUGUGUAGUAGACUGAAGGUUAAGGGCAGAGGAGACCGUUUUAGACCAACUAUCAUUUAGUGGUGGUGGAUGACCUGUGGUUAGGUUAGCAUAGCUGUGGUCAAGGAGCGGUCGAAGAGCGUUCAUGGUCCUGGCUAUGGAGGACGCCUGUCCCAACGGGGUGGAGGUAGCGGUGGAGUCCCCUCCGGAUGCAGCCGGGACGGGAGAGCAAGGCGAGACAGGAGAUGGGUCGGCUGGGGAGGGGGCGGCUGCUGAGCCCACAGAGGGAGCCGACACAUCAGGAGCGAUGCAGCAGGUGUUGAACAACCUGGGGGAGCUGCCCACCUCCACGGGGGCCAAAGACAUCGACCUCAUCUUCCUCAGAGGCAUCAUGGAGAGUCCCAUUGUACGGUCACUCAUCAAGGCCCACGAGCGAUUGGAGGACGUGAGGCUGGAGGCGGUGCAGGACAACAACGUGGAGCUGGUCACAGACAUCCUGGGCGACAUCACCGCCCUCAGCGUCCGCGACGACAGAGCAGCGGAACUCUCCCGAAUCCUCCAGGAGCCCCACUUCCAGUCCCUCCUGGAGGCCCACGACAUGGUAGCCUCUAAGUGCUAUGAGGCUGUGCCCCCAGCAGAGCUGUCUAAUGAGGCUCUGGUGAACAGUGCUCUGAUGCAGGCCGACGCUGUACGCAUGAUCGGCAUCCGGAAGAAGGCUGGAGAACCACUGGGAGUGACGUUCAGAGUGGAGAAGGAGGAGCUGGUCAUCGCUAGGAUCCUCCACGGAGGAAUGAUUGACAGGCAGGGUCUGCUACACGUGGGUGACAUCAUAAAGGAAGUGAAUGGGCGGGAUGUAGGGAACAACCCCACUGAGCUGCAGGAGAUGCUGAAGGACUGCAGCGGAGGAAUCACUCUGAAGAUACUGCCUAGUUAUAGAGAUGCACCUGCCCCACCACAGGUGUACGUGCAACCACACUUCGACUACGAUCCAGCCAAUGACCAUCUGAUCCCGUGUCGAGAGGCGGGGAUUGGCUUCAAGAGGGGGGACCUCCUUCAGAUUGUCAACAGAGAGGACCCCAACUGGUGGCAGGCAUGUCAUGUGGUUGGUGGAGCCACUGGACUGAUCCCCAGUCAGUUUCUGGAGGAGAAGAGGAAAGCCUUCGUCCCACGAGACUUUGACGGCUCAGGGAUCCUGUGUGGUACAAUAACUGGAAAGAAAAAGAAGAAAAUGAUGUACCUAACAGCCAGGAACGCAGAGUUUGAUAGGCACGAGCUGCAGAUCUAUGAGGAGGUGGCCAAGAUGCCCCCGUUCCAGAGGAAGACCUUGGUUCUGAUUGGAGCGCAGGGGGUGGGCCGCCGUAGCCUCAAGAACCGACUGGUGGUCCUCAACCCAACACACUUCGGAACCACCAUCCCCUUCACCUCCCGGCGUCCCCGUGACGAUGAGCUGGACGGAAACUCAUACCAGUUCGUAACACGGACGGAGAUGGAGGCGGACGUGAAGGCGGGCCGUUACCUGGAGCACGGCGAGUACGACGGGAACCUCUACGGAACCAAGAUGGACUCCAUCCACGAGGUGGUGAACACGAGACGAACCUGCAUCCUGGACGUCAACCCACAGGCUCUGAAGGUACUAAAGACAGCAGAGUUCAUGCCGUAUGUGGUGUUCAUCGCAGCACCAGAGUUUGAGACGCUCAAGGCCAUGCACAAAGCUACGGUGGACGCUGGAAUCACCACCAAACAACUCACGGAUGUGGAUCUGAGGAAGACUGUUGAUGAGAGUGCUCGUAUCCAGAGGGCAUACAACCACUACUUCGACCUCAUCAUCACCAACGACAACCUGGAUCGCGCCUUCGAGACGCUACAGGCUGCCGUCGACAAACUCUGCUCCGAACCACAGUGGGUCCCUGUUAACUGGGUCUACUGAACCCCAACCGGACACUGUCUGACUGGGUCUACUGAACCCCAACCGGACACUGUCUGACUGGGUCUACUGAACCCCAACCGGACACUGUCUGACUGGGUCAACUGAACCCCAACCGGACACUGUCUGACUGGGUCAACUGAACCCCAACCGGACACUGUCUGACUGGGUCUACUGAACCCCAACCGGACACUGUCUGACUGGGUCAACUUGACUGUGCGUGUUCAACCACCGAGGCAGGGGAAAGGACAUGAGAAAGGGGGUUGGUAAUCUGUGGUACUCUGACGGGGGGGGAAACCAACCAAACCAAGCGCCUCCUCCUCUCUCCUUACUUCACACAAUGCAACUGUUUUCUUCAGGAAACUCGAAGGGAAAGACUUCUUAUAUAUUUUGGUAUUUUGUAACUUUUUACGAACAAUCUUUCUAUUCAUACCAACCUGGAAUUCAAAAACAUGAAAAAAUAAACAUCAAGGCCAAACAUUUGAGCCAUAUUUUUUAAUUAAUUUGUUAUUACGUUAGUUUUUUUGUAGUUGUAUCCCUGAGAACGAAUGAUGUUUUCUCUUCUUGUCUGGGGACUGCUCUAGAGAGACUAUUUAUUAUUGUUAUAUCAACACAGGUCAAUAAUGAAGAUGAGACACUAUGCAAUAUUCCAGAACUCUGAGCAGUGUUGCCAAGGAAACCUUUUUACGGCGCAUGUCAUUGCUAUGACAACUAGUGUGUCUCAGACCGAAUCCUGUGGACACCCCUUGUGUGAUUGUCGUAGACCCCCCCCCCCCCCCCCCCUCCAAAUACCCUACAGUGUACUGUUAGGCUACCCCCUGACGUUUGUACUUACCUCUUUAGAAUUGUGACCUCAGCAAAAAUGAACUUGUCUGAAUAUCUAUCCCUCACAUAUCCUACAAAGAGAAUGAAAGGAAAAGAGCUUUACACUUUACAUUGUACUAUUGAAUAUCAGCAUUUAAACACAGUGUUUCUUCGUCUUUCUUUUACUACCGUAGGAUUCACUGUCUUUUGUGGCUAUGAUGAUCAUUUUUAGCUUAGUGACUCUUUUUGUCUCCCAUGAUCCUUUGCUUUGUGUUUUCUAUAUUGAACAGACUACAUCCUGCUUUUACCAUUCACCAUCUACCCUGAUCUGUAUGUAAGGUGCUUGACGGUUUUUAAUUAGUUGAUGUGGCACGAAACAAUACUAUCCCACAGUCCUCCUCCGGUGUCAAAGCACCAAAGCCCUCCUCCAGUGUCUCCCACAGUCCUCCUCCAGUGUCUCCCACAGUCCUCCUCUAGUGUCUCCCACAGUCCUCCUCCGGUGUCUCCCACAGUCCUCCUCCGGUGUCUCCCACAGUCCUCCUCCGGUGUCUCCCACAGUCCUCCUCCGGUGUCAAAGCACCAAAGCCCUCCUCCAGUGUCUCCCCCAGUGUCUCCCACAGUCCUCCCCCGGUGUCUCCCACAGUCCUACUCCAGUGUCCUCCCACAGUCCUACUCCAGUGUCUCCCACAGUCCUCCUCCGGUGUCUCCCACAGUCCUCCUCCGGUGUCUCCCACAGUCCUCCUCCGGUGUCAAAGCACCAAAGCCCUCCUCCAGUGUCUCCUCCGGUGUCUCCCACAGUCCUACUCCAGUGUCUCCCACAGUCCUCCUCCGGUGUCUCCCACAGUCCUACUCCAGUGUCUCCCACAGUCCUACUCCGGUGUCUCCCACAGUCCUACUCCGGUGUCUCCCACAGUCCUACUCCGGUGUCUCCCACAGUCCUCCUCCGGUGUCUCCCACAGUCCUACUCCGGUGUCUCCCACAGUCCUACUCCGGUGUCUCCCACAGUCCUACUCCGGUGUCUCCCACAGUCCUACUCCGGUGUCUCCCACAGUCCUCCUCCGGUGUCUCCCACAGUCCUACUCCGGUGUCUCCCACAGUCCUACUCCGGUGUCUCCCACAGUCCUACUCCGGUGUCUCCCACAGUCCUACUCCGGUGUCUCCCACAGUCCUCCUCCGGUGUCUCCCACAGUCCUACUCCGGUGUCUCCCACAGUCCUACUCCAGUGUCUCCCACAGUCCUACUCCAGUGUCUCCCACAGUCCUACUCCAGUGUCUCCCACAGUCCUACUCCAGUGUCUCCCACAGUCCUACUCCAGUGUCUCCCACAGUCCUACUCCAGUGUCUCCCACAGUCCUCCUCCGGUGUCAAAGCACCAAAGCCCUCCUGUGCUGUAACCCAAAUACUAUAUUCUGACUGUUUUCUGUGGUCAUUCUGAACAAAGUCCCAACUGGUGUCCAAAACAACCGUAUGUUUUGAAACACAUCUCUAAAGCAAUACAUUGUUACAUUAAAUUGACAGAAAUUCA